GCCUUGUCAGUUCACGCUCGUUUUUUACUUGCACUUUGUGGCUUAAUUGGAGGCAUUCAAGUUGGGGCAAAAGGCCCUAAAAUUUGCUCUUCUCGGUUCUCCCUCCCUCCUAGGCGCCCACCAUUCUUGCGUCUCUCUCUCUCAAGUAAGCCACUUUUCUCUGGAAAUCUAAGAAAACCCAUUUAUAUCUACUACUACAUUUCUCCUAAAUAUUCUUCUGGGUUUUAACUGACUCUGGACAAUAAUCGAGUACUAAGUUUCUUUUUUGCUGGGUGGAAAGCUAACUAGAAAGCAACCAUGGAUGUUGAUUCACAACCAACUAUGGAGGAAACGAUAUUGGUUGGCGAUGAUCUAAUGACGGGACCACCAUCUCCUGUCAUCCCUCAAGAAAUUGCAUCUCAUGUGCUUGAAGGUGUUGAGUUAUGUGAUGGGAUCUUACGGAAUUUAUUUUUGUGUCUACAAAUUAAUGACAUUGAGCCAUUUUGUCAAGAUGAGAUUGCAUUAUAUCGGCAGUGUGCUGAAAAGAGGGACAAGGAACUAAGGCAACGGCUUCAGGAUUGCGAGAGAAAAUUGGGGUUGUCAAUACCCUUAGAUCAGGCAAAGGAAAGAGCUGGUCAGCUUGAAUCAGAAGUUACAUCAUUGGAGAGGCGCAUGAUUCUGGCAAGUGGAAUUGAAGGCAUUGAAGGAUAUCGUCAGAGAUGGAGCCUGCAUGGUCGUCUUACAGAUACCAAGAGAAGGCUGGAAUCAUUAAAGCUGGGAAUGGAGAACAGAAAAGAGGAUGAACCAAGCAAAAGUCCUACCGGGAAAAGAUGGUUCUUUUGGUAAAAUUGUUGCUGCAUCUGUAUACUGGCUUAAAUUAGCAUCUAUCAGCAGCUUAUAACAAGAAGAUACAUCUUCUAUUCAAGCUGUUGUAAACAUGUCAUGAGAUGCAGCAUACUUAGAGAGACAAAUAAAGAAUAAGUGAACCAUUUUUCAUCGAGGUAACUUUGAACCUUAUGAUAAACAGAUGUAACAGUUGAAUAUAUAUAUAUAUAUAUAUAUAUAUAUAUAUAUAUACAUUU